CAUAUCUAAAGAACCUAACAGAAGAUUAUUUCUAAAUUUGAAUAUUGCUUACGGAUAAAAAGCAGACACAAUGGCUUUUGGACCAGUCUUAUCAAGUUUGCUGAUAUUUAUAGUGGCCAUUGACCUAAGUAUGACUAGUGGAUCAACUACAACUGGAGGUUCAACAACAACUGGUGAAUCAACUACAACUGGAGGUUCAACAACAACUGGUGAGUCAACUACAACAGAAGGCUCGACAACAACCGGUGUAUCAACUACAGCUGGAGGAUCCACUACAACGGGAGGUUCAACAACAACUGGUGGAUCAACCAUGACUGGUGGAUCAACUACAACUGGUGAAUCAACUACAACUGGUGGUUCUACAACAACUGGUGGAUCAACCAUGACUGGUGGAUCAACUACAACUGGUGAAUCAACUACAACUGGUGGUUCUACAACAACUGGGGGAUCAACCAUGACUGGUGGAUCAACUACAACUGGUGAAUCAACUACAACUGGUGGUUCUACAACAACUGGGGGAUCAACAACAACUAGUGGGUCGACCACCACAGGCGGGUCAACUACCAAUGGGGGAUCACCUACAACUGGAGGUUCAACAACAGCUGGUGUAUCAAGUACGACUGGGGGAUCAACUAUAACUGGUGUAUCAACUUCAACUGGAGGUUCAACAACAACUGGAGUUUCAACAACAACUGGUGAAUCAACUACAACAAUAGGCUCGACAACAACCGAGGUAUCAAGUACAGCCGGAGGAUCAACUACAACCGGUCUAUCAUCUACAACGGGAGGUUCAACAACAACUGGGGAUUCAACAACAACUGGUGAAUCAACUACGACUGGUGGUUCAACUACAACUGGAGGUUCAACAACAACUGGUGUAUCAAGUAUGACUGGUGGAUCAACUACAACUGGAGGUUCAACAACAACUGGAGGCUCAACAACAACUGGGGAAUCAACUACAACAGAAGGCUCGACAACAACCGGUGUAUCAACUACAGCUGGAGGAUCAACUUCAACCGGUCUAUCACCUACAACUGGAGGUUCAACAACAACUGGUGGUUCAACAACAACUGGUGGUUCAACUACAACUGGAGGUUCAACAACAACUGGUGAAUCAACUACAACAGAAGGCUCGACAACAACCGAUGUAUCAACUACAGCUGGAGGAUCAACAACAAGUGGUGGAUCAACUGCAACAGAAGACUUGUCAACAAAUGGUGUAUCGACUACAGCUGGAGGAUCAACUACAACUGGAGGUUCAGCAACAACUGGUGAAUCAACUACAGCUGGAGGAUCAACAACAACUGGGGAAUCAACUACAACAGAAGGCUCGACAACACCCGGUGUAUCAACUACAGCUGGAGGAUCAACUUCAACCGGUCUAUCACCUACAACGGGAGGUUCAACAACAGCUGGUGGAUCAGCCACGAAUGGUGUAUCAACUACAACUGGUGGUUCAACUACAACUGGAGGUUCAACAACAACUGGUGGUUCAACAACAACUGUUGGUUCAACUACAACUAGAGGUUCAACAACAACUGGUGAAUCAACUACAACAGAAGGCUCGACAACAACCGAUGUAUCAACUACAGCUGGAGGAUCAACAACAACUGGUGGAUCAACUGCAACAGAAGACUCGACAACAAAUGGUGUAUCGACUACAGCUGGAGGAUCAACUACAACUGGAGGUUCAGCAACAACUGGUGAAUCAACUACAGCUGGAGGAUCAUCUACAACUGGUCUAUCAACUACAAUGGGAGGAUCAACAACAAGUGGUGAAUCAACUACGACUGGUGGUUCAACAACAACUGGAGGUUCAACAACAACUGGUGAAUCAACUACAACAGAAGGCUUUACAACAACCGGUGUAUCAACUACAACUGGAGAUUCAACAACAGCUGGUGGAUCAACCACGACUGGUGUAUCAAUUACAACUGGAGGUUCAACAACAACUGGUAUAUCAACUACAACUGGAGGUUCAACAACAACUGGUGGGUUGACCACCACAGGCGGGUCAACAACCCCUGGUGUAUCAACUACAACUGGUGUAUCAACUACAACUGGAGGUUCAACGACUACUGGUGAAUCAACUACAACAGUAGGCUCGACAACAACCGGUGGAUCAACUAUAACUGGUGGAUCAACUACAACCGGUCUAUCAACUACCACUGGAGGUUCCACAACAACUGGUGGUUCAACAACAACUGGUGAAUCAACUACAACAGAAGGCUUGACAACAACCGAUGUAUCAACCACGACUGGGGGUUCAACUACAACUGGAGUAUCAACUACAACUGGAGGUUCAACAACAACUGGUGGAUCAAGUGCGACUGGUGAAUCAACUACAACCGGUCUAUCAACUGCAACAGAAGGCUCAACAACAACCGGUGGAUCAACUAUAACUGGUGGAUCAACUACAAACGGUCUAUCAACUACAACUGGAGGUUCAACAAACACUGGUGGAUCAACCAUGACUGGGGCAUCAACUACAACUGUGGUAUCAACUACAACUGGAGGUUCAACAACAACUGGUGAAUCAACUACAACAGUAGGCUCGACAACAACCGGUGGAUCAACUAAAUCUGGAGGAUCAACUACAACCGGUCUAUCAACUACCACUGGAGAAAUCCCCAGCUCUGCUGAUGUUGCAACAACAUUAGUAGAAGCCGUGAACAACCACACCAACAACUUCAGCAUUACGGUGGAAUCCACCUCCAUCACAGCAGUGUGUAACAACUACAACUGGUGGAUCAACUACAACUGGAGCUUCAACAGCAGCUGGUGGGUCAACCACCACAGGCGGGUCAACCACGACUGGUGGAUCAACUACAACUGGAGCUUCAACAGCAACUGGCGGGUCAACUACGACUGGUGGAUCAACUACAACUGGAGCUUCAACAGCAACUGGUGGGUCAACCACCACAGGCGGGUCAACUACGACUGGUGGAUCAACUACAACUGGAGCUUCAACAGCAACUGA